UUAGUGAGACACUGGUGGUAAGUUUCGGGACAGCGCAUGACAAACAAGAAAUCCAGUAAAUAAGGAAUCCGCUCAUCGCAACAAAACCUUCUUACUAAAUUCAGAUGGAUGUGUUGAGAUAAGAAAGUGGAGGGCAAGGAAUAGCCAGCAUGAACGACAGGAGACUCAUGUUUAUCGAUAUCAAAACAGACACAGCUAUUGAUGGCAAAAGCGCAAAGUCCUUUUGGAAUCAAGGUGACAACAGCUUCAGAUUCAACUUCUCUGUAGGCCCUGCAGUUGUCCAAAAAGAAACCGAGACAGUCCCAGUGUCGAAGAGCCAAAGCUCUUGUUUUGCCUUCAACUUUCAAAUCCCACCAGAAGAGGAAAACAUGGAAACUGAGACCUCAGCUGUUCUGUCAAAGUGUAGCCAACGCUGCACCCUGGACAAAAGUGGCUCUCAGGAUGUUGGCUCACAUCAAGAGCCAUCAAAGUCAAUGAAGAAGAAAAAGCCCAGAAAGAAGAAGGCACCGUCAGUGGAGAAAACUCAGGAUUUAGGUGAACCCAGUGUUGCAGAGGAGGAUGCGGAACUGAGUGCAGAGGAGCAACUGAAUAGGGAGCUGGACUGGUGUAUUGAGCAGCUGGAGCUUGGAUUGAAAUCCCAAAAAGCCACAAGCCGACAAAAGGAGGAGGCGUCUCGAGCUUUGAAGACUCUACACAGCUCCAAAGCCCCCUUAGUCAAGAAGCGACAGGUAAUGAGAGCCAUGGCAGGAGACUACCGGAAAAAAAUGGAGGAAGAGAAAAGCAAGCAGUUUAAUCUCAUUCAGAAUGAACUGUCUGCAGCCAAAGUCAAAUCUGUGUCCCCGAGGAAGUGUGUGUUCAACCGCAGAGCUGAGGCCAAAAGCGCCGCUGCUGAGCCGAACCUGCAGAAACCCCAGGAUGGAGAUUCCAACUUGAACGCGACCACUCAGGACACUUUUGUCUUCACAGCUUCAACAGAGGAGUUCCGCUUCAAUUUUCUGUGAUGAACUAAUCAAGAUUAUUUUGUUUUGUUUAACUGAAAUCCACUGUACAUGGUGUCGCAGACAACCUCGACCACUAACAACAGAAAAACAGAAAGGAUUUAAACGCAUCUUAUUUUCUGUGUGUAUCCAUGUGUUUAUAUCUGUACAUUAAAGUUA